UGCCCCCUAGUUUGGGAACCCAUUAGGGUAACCAAGAGAAGGUUAAGUGCUGGCUGGGUCGGUUGGUAAGUACCUACAUGGGAAAUAGAUGUUUAAUAGUGGGGUUUCCUGCAAGAUAGAGUCUAGCAGAGAAAGGUCUAAUAUGGUCCAGUAGCUGGAAGUUGGAGCUAGAUACAUUUAGACUGGAAAUAAGGUGUGAGAUUUUAAUGGUGAGAGUAAUUAGCCAUUGGAGCAACUUCCUAGGAUCGUGGUGUAUUCCUCAUCAGUGAUGAGUUUUCAACCAAGAUGGAAUGUGGGUCACAAUGAAGUGGAAUUGGCACAGUGGUGGGUGUGCUGGAGCUGAGGACUGGAACAUCAAAAGGCCACGGGUCGGGAUUGAGAGGAAUUGGCAGAGCUCUGAGCUGCAACAGCACGUUGUUAUUCAGGAGCACUGGCAUAAAUGUGGGCAGGAUGUAUGGAGGGAGCCCAGGAUUGGGGUAGCAGGGAAGCCUGUGGGGAGGAGGCAGGACUAGGUUCACCAGGACACCUUUGGAUUCUCAUGCUCUCCCUCUCCUUGGUGGCCCAGAAUGACCAAUGCCUGUCACCGGAAGUGCGUCCCUCCCCACUACAAGGAGGCGGAGCUCUCCAAGGGGGAGUCUGUGUGCCUGGACCGCUGCGUCUCCAAGUACCUGGACAUCCACGAGCGCAUGGGCAAGAAACUGACAGAGCUCUCCAUGCAAGAUGAAGAGCUGAUGAAAAGGAUGCAGCAGGGGGCAGGACCGGCAUAGGGACUUCCUCUUGAACAUGGACAGCAUGCAUGAUGGCCUGGCAUCCUCCCUCACUGCAGCCUGGACUCACCCCUGUGCCUCCACCCCAAAAUAAAACCUCUUUAUGUGA